UCUGCAGCGCACGCACACUUCCUUUCCCUUCCAGAUUCCGACCGGUCGCCGGCGUGGGGGAUCGUCGCUGCGCCGCCCGCCGUCGCCAUGGUGAAGCUGAGUAAAGAGGCCAAGCAGAGGCUGCAGCAGCUCUUCAAGGGCGGCCAGUUUGCCAUUCGCUGGGGUUUUAUUCCUCUCGUGAUUUACCUGGGAUUUAAAAGGGGUGCAGAUCCUGGAAUGCCUGAGCCAACUGUUUUGAGCCUACUUUGGGGAUGAAGGACUGUUUGGUCAUCUGGAUUUGGAAGCAAUCAGUGAACAGCAGGAACAGCAUGGAAGGGGUGUGCUUUGGCUGGGCUAAGAGAUGGAACAUUGUCCGGACAGUGACCAGUUGGAGGGCCCAGUGCUCUGACUUCACAGCUGCUCCUGUGGCAGCGUGGAACCUCUGCUGAUUUAUGUAUGAUAGAAUGUAUCAAAAUAAAUAUUUUUAACAAUGUUA